GGGAGAGCCAUACACAAGACAGGUCCAGCAGCUGAAAGGAGAGGUUAGGCGUGUGUUUGUUGAAGUGGUGGAACCAUUGGCCAAGUUAGAGUUCAUUGACAGCAUUAAAAAGCUAGGUCUGGGCAACUUCUUUGAGGAGGAGAUCAGAGAAGCCCUUGACACCAUAAUGUCUGAUAAGAACAACAGUCCCGGUAUCAAAGCAAAUCUCUAUGCUGCUGCACUAUGCUUUAGGCUUCUCAGGCAACAUGGUUAUGGAGUUUCACAAGAUAUGUUUAGCGGCUUCAUGGAGGAGGUUGGUAUGUUCUCUAAAAGCACAUGCACAAAUGUCAAAGGAAUGAUUGAGCUUUUUGAGGCCUCGCAUCUCGCCUUGGAAGGUGAAAACAUCUUGGACGAGGCUAAAGCUUUCUCUUCGGGAUAUCUCAAAGAAAUCAUUUCUAACCUAGAUAAUAACCUGGCUAAACAAGUGGUUCAUUCUUUGGAGCGUCCAUUGCACUGGAGAGUGCAGUGGUUUGAUAUCAGGUGGUACAUUGAUUUCUAUGAGGAGGAAGGAGUGAACCUGGAUUUACUCAAGCUUGCUAAACUUAACUUCAACAUGGUUCAAGCCGUACAUCAAAAGGAUCUCAAACACAUCUCCAGGUGGUGGAGGAAUCUGGGCCUCAUUGAAAAUUUGAGCUUCACAAGAGAUAGAUUGGUGGAAAGUUUCCUGUGUGGUGUGGGAUUCUCAUCUGAACCUCAGCAUGGAUCUUUUCGCCUAUGCAUUACAAAAGUCAUUAUUUUUAUUCAAGUCCUUGAUGACGUUUAUGAUAUUUAUGGUUCGUUGGAUGAGCUAGAGCAAUUCACCAAUGCUGUUGAUCGGUGGGAUUCCAAGGAAAUCCAACAACUUCCUGAGAGUAUGAAGCUUUGUUUCCAAGUACUCCAGGACACAACUAAUGCAGUGGCUAAUGAAAUUCAGAAGGAAAAGGGUUGGGACAAUGUAUUACCCAUGCUACAACAAGCGUGGGCAAAUUUUUGCAAGUCUUUAUUUGUGGAAGCCAAGUGGUACAACAAGGGUUAUACACCAACCCUGCAGGAAUAUCUAAGUAAUGCCUGGAUUUCAUCCUCAGUUUCAUUGCUGUCUGUUCAUGCAAUAUUUUUCUGUGUACCACAUGAGGCUAAAGAGGAGAUGGUAGAUUUUCUGGAGAAAAAUCAGGAACUUGUGUACUCUUCAUCUCUGAUUCUUCGUCUCUGUAAUGAUCUUGGGACUUUGGAGGCAGAACUAGAGAGAGGUGAUGCCGCUUCAUCAGUUCUAUGCUAUAUGAAAGAAGUGAAUGUCUCAGAGGAGAUAUCUCGGACGCACAUUAGAGGCAUGUUAGUUAAAACUUGGAAGAAUAUGAAUGGACAUUGCAUUGCCUCAUCUCCAUUACUACAACCAAUUGUCAACAUCAUCACAAAUAUAGCAAGGGUAGCACAGUGGAUUUACCAAUAUGGAGAUGGGCUUGGAAUUCCUGACCGUGAAACAAAGGCUCAGAUUCUGUCUUUACUGAUUGAACCCCUUGGAAUCAACUAA